ACCGGGAGGAAGGCUCUCCCGCCCAUGACGGGAUGGGAAAACUAUGCCUGGGGCCAGCUCUCCGCCCGGCUGCCGCCGCGGAGGAAAGCAGGGACGUGGAGCGCCGCCGAGAGCUUCUUUGCUCCGGACGCCCCGGGACGUGGCGGGCAGCCGCGAGGCUCCUCCCAGUCAUCAGUCUCUGGGUCAUAAUCCUGCAUCCAUUUCAGCCACUCUGGAGGACGAUGGUCUGAUGAUGAGUGCCUCACCCCCAAGACCCCUUCAAAGUAUAUUCUGGGUGACCACCAUGAUCCCCUGGAUGCUCUUGGCCUGUGCCCUCCCCUGUGCUGCUGACCCACUGCUUGGAGCCUUUGCUCGCAGGGACUUCCGGAAAGGCUCCCCUCAACUGGUCUGCAGCCUGCCUGGCCCCCAGGGCCCACCCGGCCCCCCAGGAGCCCCAGGGCCCUCAGGAAUGAUGGGACGAAUGGGCUUUCCUGGCAAAGAUGGCCAAGAUGGCCAAGAUGGCGACCGGGGGGACAGCGGAGAGGAAGGUCCACCUGGCCGGACAGGUAACCGGGGAAAGCCGGGACCAAAGGGCAAAGCUGGGGCCAUUGGGCGGGCUGGCCCUCGUGGCCCCAAGGGGGUCAGUGGUACCCCCGGGAAGCAUGGCAUACCAGGCAAGAAGGGGCCCAAGGGCAAGAAGGGGGAGCCAGGCCUCCCAGGCCCAUGCAGCUGCGGCAGUGGCCACACCAAGUCAGCUUUCUCGGUGGCGGUGACCAAGAGCUACCCACGGGAGCGGCUGCCCAUCAAGUUUGACAAGAUUCUGAUGAACGAGGGUGGCCACUACAAUGCUUCCAGUGGCAAGUUUGUCUGCGGCGUGCCUGGGAUCUACUACUUCACCUACGACAUCACGCUGGCCAACAAGCACCUGGCCAUCGGCCUGGUCCACAACGGCCAGUACCGCAUCCGGACCUUUGAUGCCAAUACUGGCAACCACGACGUGGCCUCGGGCUCCACCAUCCUGGCUCUCAAGCAGGGUGACGAAGUCUGGCUACAGAUCUUCUACUCAGAGCAGAAUGGGCUCUUCUACGACCCUUACUGGACAGACAGCCUCUUCACAGGCUUCCUCAUCUAUGCCGACCAGGAUGACCCCAAUGAGGUAUAGACACACCAGGGCCACCCUCCAGGCAGGGAACAAGCUUCUGGACUCGGACUUAUAGAGCAAGACCCCUCAACUGUAGGCUGGGGUCGGGGUGUCGAGUGAGCGGUUCUAGCCUCAAGCUGACCUCCUCUCCCUCUUUUAUUCCCCAUCAUUAAAUCCAAACCUUUUUAUUCAUCCAA